AUGGAUUUUCGGGGUCCCAGCAAUAGUUCUAGUCUGUUUGAUGCCAGCGUAGUCCAUCGUGAAGGUCGCCUGAUUAAUCCCAUGGCCCCUAUUCAGCCUGGUCAGGUUGGGCAUCUUAAGAGCAAUCAGCUGUUUUGCAAAACAUCCACAGCUCAUAAUGGCAAACAAUUUCUUUCUCAGGUUCGGAAAGAGGAGGGUUCCUCCAAGUGCACACCAAAGCGGAAAAUCACCACGAGGGCCACUUUGAGGAAGGGAUCCCCAAUAGCGCCGACACAAGAUGAGCUGUUACGCAGCGUCAACGCGACGUCGGUGGAGCUCGACUUCCGGUCGUGGCAACGUGAACACGUGCAUGUGGUGGAGGACCUAAAUCCAGCUACUCGAUAUUCCAUGAAGGUCACGGCCUACAGCGAUGCCGGCUCCACAGAGUGUCAGCUCGUGUUCGGAACGCUCACUUUCUCCGGAAGUAGCUCUACAUCAUGGGCGCCUCUCAGUGCCGCCUUCGUCGUCCUGAUCGUUGUUGGGGUCGGCGUGGCACUGUUCUGCGUGCGUCGACGUCAGGUCAUGCGCUACAAAGAGAACAGCUCCAACAUCAGGCGGGACAUCACCGCCGAGACGUCGCUGAUGAACGACCUUGACAAGCGGCUCAACUUCGUCAGCGGCGACAGCCCCGGCGACCCACGGCUCAACCGAAACGUCAACCUGCUAAUCUCGCUACACAGCGACGACAACCUGUCCGGUCACCACAGUCCAUGGGGGUUCCAUGACGUCAGCAAGACAAACAGCGAUAACGCCUCCCUUGAGCAAGAUGACGAGGACGCGAACAUCAACCCUUACGCGACGUUCAACGACCUGAAGCUGGUGUUCAACGAGAACCCCAAGUACCACAAGGCGGACCCGGAGUACUGCGAAGACUCAAUCAGCAUAGAGAAGGCCGAGGCGCAGAAAGCGAUGAUGGCCCACUGCGACACUAAAAAGCCGUCCCGUGGUGCCAGGAGGCCGCCGGGCCCGCCCACCACUACCGCAGAGACGCACAGCUAUGAUAACCAAGCGGUGAUGCUGAGUCCCCGGAAGUACGCGAGUGCGGAACAGAUCCACGCGCUGUUCACCAUGGCACCGCCCCGCCCCCAGAGCGCUUACAGCAAGAACAGAUCCCAGGGUACAAGGAGCACACCAAGCGAAAAAGGGAGCCAGCGUCACAGCCUGAUCUCCAGCGUGACCACGGUGUCCAGCUCACGUGACGAGCUCAUGGAGGCGUUCGAGAACCUGACGCGCAACCCGCCGCCUCCCGUCGUGUACGAGACAGAGGCCGACUCCCUUUCGCAGCCCACCGACAGCUCAAGUACGGAGCCCGGUAUCUGCUUGUUUACGGAGUCGCCACCACAACCUAACGAACGGAGGGAAGCAUCCUGUGAGGUGCCCAGAUAUGAGUCCCCAGAGAGUGUACACUACACAGAGCCGUUGCCCACCAUCCCCAAGCCCGAGGAAUACAUGGACUCCAGAGCAGUGGACCCCCGGGCGUUCGACCCUCGCGCCCUAGACCCCAGGGCUUUCGACCCCCGCUCUCUGGAUCCCCGGGCCGUCCCGCGUAGAGCCCCCAGGCAGCACUGCGCCGUACAGAAGAUGAAGGACCCUUUGUGCCCAUCCAGGGGCACAUCGAGGGUUAACGCCCGUCCGAACUGUAUCGAGGAAGUGACGUACACGUUUAGCGAGGACGACUCGCCGAUACGGAGCCGGAAGCCGUACUCAUUCGACGAGAAAUUGCGCUCUGUAAGGGAGGAGCGGUCUGCGUCCGUCUGGAGGAAAGUACUAAUGUCCUAA